AUGCACGCUGCUGGCCCCGCCCAGGAAGGGCGGCCGCGCUGCGCCGCCAUGUCGGGAGCGGCGGGGCCGGGGCAGGGGCCGGGCCGGACCCCGCUGCCCUGCGCCCCCCGCCCCGCCGCCGCGCUCCAGCUGGGCGGGGGGACCGAACCGGCGCGGCCCGGAGUCGCCGUCAUCGAUCUCCGCUUCCCCCGCGGAGCCCCCGCCGACCCCCGCCGCUGGGUGACCUGCCUGCGGAACUACUGCCUGAUGCCCUGCCCGCACACCGAGGAGGGCUCCCAGGACUACUUCUCCCUCCACCGCCACCAGAUGCUGUGUGACAUGGACCAGGUGACAGCGAUGCGGUUCAUCCUGCGGCAGCCCUCCCCGGUCUGGCUCCACUUCACCAUCGAGGAGCUGCAGAUUUUCCCCCCUGGACAGAAGAGCCCCCAGAAGGAUUUCCCCUCCUGGCUCUCCCAGCUGACCCCUCCAGAGCAGCCAGCCAGCCUGCACGGGGAGCUCCCCGACCCGGAGAAGGUGUCGACGGAGGUGCAGCAAAUGUGGGUGCUGACGGAGGUGAUCCGGGCUCGCCAGGCAGCCGCCCGCAUCGGGCGCUUCGACGUGGACGGCUGCUACGAUGUCAACCUGCUCUCCUACACGUGAGCCCCGCGGGCGCCGGACGGAGGGAGCUCAGCGCUCCCGCAUCCUUCCCGCAGGAAUUCCAGGCCCUUCCUGCGCCCCUUCCCCAAUUCCUCUGGCGCUGGUGGGCAGCGCUGCCACCCGGGAGCCCCCCGGGGGACCUUUCCCUUCCGCUGCCAGGGCUCUGUGCUUGGCACGUCCCAGCGGGCUCCCUCACCCUACCUCUGCCCUGGGGAGCGGCUGCCCGCCCGGCCUGCGGGAGGAGGCUCCCGCAAACAAAGGGGGUGCGGGGGGUGGCCUCCACCACGCACGGAGG